AGCUCUGAGAAUCACAUGAUGAGAGCUUCUGAAACAGGCUGGACGCUGAAAUGCUGCCUUAGAAAGGUGGAAGCCUCAAUCCUACUAAAAUAAGAAUAAUUUAUGUCAUUAAUGUCUGAGCUGUAGAUUAAACUCCUCAUAAGAGGCAGUGGACAUGGCUGCUGCUGCUCUUUUAUUGCUUUUUGCAGUGAGCUUUGCCUUUUCAUCUGAAAAUCUGGUUUCUGCAGAAAGAUCUUUUUGCAUCGACUACAAAAACAACUGCUUCCUGAAAGAUGGGAAGCCUUUUCAGUACAUCUCAGGAAGUAUCCACUACUCCAGAGUCCCACGCUACUACUGGAAGGACCGUCUUGUGAAGAUGUACAUGGCUGGACUCAAUGCAGUCCAAGUAUAUGUGCCUUGGAACUUCCAUGAACCGGUUCAUGGAGUCUACAACUUCACAGGAGACAGAGACUUGGAGUAUUUUUUAAGCUUGGCCAACCAGACAGGCCUUCUGGUGAUUCUGCGCCCAGGACCAUACAUCUGUGCAGAAUGGGAAAUGGGUGGAUUACCAGCAUGGCUCCUCCAAAAACCAAACAUCGUACUUCGCUCAGCAGACACAGAUUACUUGGAAGCAGUCAACAACUGGCUAGCUAUUCUCCUCCCCAAAAUCAAGCCAUGGCUCUACAUCAAUGGGGGUAACAUCAUUACCGUCCAGGUUGAAAACGAAUAUGGAAGUUACUUUGCUUGCGACUACAACUACAUGCGUCACCUUCGAACAAUGUUUCGCUUCUUUUUGGGUGAGGACGUCAUCCUGUUCACCACUGAUGGAAACACAGACAAGGAAAUGACAUGCGGGACACUGGACGGAUUAUAUGCCACCGUGGACUUCGGCACAGACACCAACAUAAGUGACGCCUUUAACCGCCAGAGACGAUAUGAACCUAGAGGACCUUUGGUAAACUCUGAGUUCUACACCGGCUGGUUGGACCACUGGGGGGAUCGGCAUGCUGUGGUUGAUGCUCAGAAGGUCAGCAGAGUGCUGGGAGAAAUGCUAGCCAUGGGGGCCAACGUCAACAUGUACAUGUUUGAAGGAGGGACGAAUUUUGGCUACUGGAAUGGUGCGGAUCACGACACCAGGUUCCGCUCAGUGAUAACAAGUUAUGACUACGACGCCCCGCUGACCGAAGCAGGAGACCCCACAGAGAAGCUGCUGGCCAUGAGAGAUGUCAUAAAGCUGUUUAGAGAAGUCCCCUCCGGCCCCAUGCCACCAGCAACUCCCAAGUUUGCUUAUGGCUUUGUCACACUGAAAAAGGUUGGAAACAUUAACGGUGUGUUGGACACAAUUUCUCCUCUGGGUCCGGUCACAUCCAAGUAUCCGCUGAUGUUCGAAGAGAUGAAACAGUACUAUGGUUUCAUGCUGUAUCGGACUACGCUGCCCCAGGACCUCUCAGAGCCCACGCCACUUAUAUCUCCACUGAAUGGAGUUCAUGACCGUGCAUAUGUGUCUGUCAAUGGGGUUUAUCAAGGCCUGCUGGAAAGAGACGCUGUUCUUGUGAUGAAUGUUACUGGACAGCAGGGGGACAUACUGGACAUCCUGGUUGAAAACAUGGGGAGGGUUAAUUUUGGCAGCAAGAUAAAUGAUUACAAGGGCCUGAUGAGCAACUUGAUCUUGGGUAAAGACGCACUGACUGACUGGAAGAUCUACCCUUUGGACAUUGACGGAGCCAUUUCUAGUGGAUGGCCUCAUUCAAAUCAAAAGUCUGUCUCGUCUAAGCAAGCAGCGCUUUCAGCUGGACCAGCUGUCUACAUGGGGACCCUACAACCCAAUGGCCUGGCAUGGGACACCUUCCUCAAGCUAAAAGAAUGGACAAAGGGCCAGGUUUGGAUUAAUGGAGUGAAUUUGGGACGGUACUGGCCAGCCAGGGGGCCCCAGCAGACCCUGUAUGUCCCUGGGCCCCUGCUCAGCACCAGUCUUCCCAACAACAUCACACUGCUGGAGCUGGAGGCAGCACCGGCACACCUGAGGGUUAUUUUUAUGGAUUGGCCUCAGCUCAACAUCACAGCUGGAAAAUCUUGACAUUUAACUUUUUGAUAAAUAUACAAAAGAACGAUUGUCAAAAAAAAAAAAAACCAUUCUUAUAGCUUUCGUUCUUAACAGCAUGCUGAAGAUUUCUUGUAAACUUGUUUUAUUGCAUUUUGAUACAUAAUUCAUCCAAAAUGCUGCAGAAAAUACAACAAAAAUAAUUUUGAAAUAUACUUUUUCCGACCUAAAAUCAAGAGCUUCAAACCGCCAAAAUGCUGCAGUAGUUUUAAUGAGCGAGUCUCCUUCCAAUCAGAAGCUUUUUUAAGUGUCAGGUUUUGCCCGAGGGAACGUUUGCUUUUCGAUGCGCUUGAACGCAGCGCGGGGAGCAGAAUGCAUACUCGAGACAGUGAAACGGGAUCUUCCCAAGUAGAGACUCACCACACAUCCAACACCUCCUGUUGAUGAAAGCAACCCCAAAGCAUGAAGAGAAGAGAAUAACACCAAAUUAAAGCACAAAGCUGGAACAAUUUGGCUAAUUUCAAUAUGCAUCACGAUGGAGCCCAGGUAAAUGAGUCCUUCUGGGGAACUUACUUGACGUUAGAGAGACCGACUCCUGUUGCAGCUGCUUGCUCUGCCAGCCUCCUUUCUGCUGCCAAAGCUCUCUAAGCAAAACAGAAAUGAUCAACAUACUCGCAUAUUUAAAAGAAAUAAAAUCAUACACCAGA